AUGCCCGGAGAAGUAUCAGAUCCCGAGCGCAAGCUCUUUACCUCAAUUACCGUUGGUGAUAUGAUUCUCAAGCAUCGCAUCGUCAUGGGCCCAAUGACUCGUGGUCGCUCUCCAGGAAACUUGGCGAACGAUACAAACCUCACGUUUUACUCACAGCGUGCUACGGAUGGUGGGCUGCUUAUUACUGAAGGCACCACGCCGUCUGAGUCUGGACAGGGGUUUGAAGAUGUGCCGCGGAUCUAUGAUGAAGCUGGAUCCAAAGCUUGGAAGAAGGUUAAUGAUGCUGUGCAUGCUAAGGGUGGAUUUAUUUGUGCUCAGUUGUGGCAUACAGGCCGUGCAUCAGCUUCCAAAUUCCAAAAAGAUGGCAAGCCAGCACUAUCACCAUCUGGAGGAUCUGUUGAUGCGAAUGACAAGACGAAAGAAGUCGCUCGUCCUGCCACAUUGGAUGAUAUCAAGCAUAUUGUGUCAGAGUUCAGAGAUACCGCUAGAUGGGCAAGAGAGGCUGGAUUCGAUGCCGUAGAGCUGCACGGAGCACAUGGAUACCUCAUUGAUGAAUUCUUGCAGAGUAGUACGAAUCAGAGGACUGAUGAUUAUGGUAACCACUGCUUUGGUCGCGCAUUUGCUUCUACAUUGACUGACGAAAGAGUCUCACUAGGUGGCUCAUACGAAAACAGAUCUCGUUUCCUAUUCGAAGUAUUGGACGCCGUCUUACUCGAACUCCCUGAAACCAAAGUAGCUGUCCGAUUUAGCCCAUGGUUUAACUGGCAGGAUUGUACAGAUGAAAAUCCACUUGAAUUGUUCUCAUAUGUUUUGACCAAGCUCCAAAAGUACAAGCUUGCGUAUAUUCAUUUCACUGAACCAACAUUCAGACACAUGGAAAAAGACAGCUCCCUAGCCGACUCUAAACUCAACCCUCUCCUCGCACUUGUUAAAGCCCCCACACGUAAACUCGCUACAGGCGGAUACCUAAACAAGAAUGCGGAAGAAGCACUUCGUUCUGGACGAAUUGAUCUUGUUGGUGUUGCAAGAGCAUUUAUCGUUAAUCCGGACUUUGUGGAGAGGACAAGAUUGGGGUUGCCGAUUAGAGAUUUCUCAAAUACUGAGGGAUGGUAUUCCAAGGGUGAGGCUGGGUAUAUCGAUCAUCCUACUUAUAGUGAGGAGAAGGGUGCUGAGAAGGAAGUCGCAAAUGAACUCGUUGCAGAAAUGUACACCCAGCGAUGCAGUCCAGGAGCUCUCCUAAUCUCAGAGGGUGUACAUUGCAGCAAAACGGCAGCUGGACAUCCUGCCGUCCCAGGCCUAUUAAAUGCUGCUCAAGUGGAGGGCUGGAAGUUAACAACGAGCUCGGUACAUGCGAAAGGUGCUUUUAUAUUUGCCCAGCUGUGGCAUACAGGACGUGCUGGUGAUUCGAAAUAUCAGCCAGAGGGUCGAGCGCCUGUUUCGCCUUCUGGUGGAAAAGCCGAACCACAUAAAGAGGAAGCGAGGAUUUUGACGUUGGAGGAAAUCAAGUUCAUUAUUUCAGAAUAUCAGCUCUCUGCUAAAAACGCACGGCUGGCCAACUUUGAUGGAAUAGAGAUUCACGCGGCUCAUGGGUACUUGAUCAACCAAUUCUUGGAAGCCAAUAACCGUACCGACGAAUACGGAGGCAGUUUCGAGAACCGUGCACGGUUCUUAUUCGAGGUGCUUGAUGUCUGCCUGAAGGAAUUACCUUCUUCCAAGAUUGCUAUUCGAUUGUCUCCGUAUGGAGGAAGACGAGGAAUGGCGUAUGAAAAUCAGAAGGAUCUUUAUACGUAUGUCAUUGAGAGGCUCAACAAGUACAAUUUGGCGUACUUGCAGUUGACUGAACCUGUUUGGGGGGGAUGGGUAGAAGGACCACCACACGAAACUUCUAAAUUGAACGAAUACCGGGGAAUAUUCAGAGGUCCUGUGAUGUUGACUGGCGGGUAUGCUGAAGGAGACGCUGCAGAGAAGGCACUGCAGGAUGGGAGAGCUGAUUUGAUUGGGAUAGGACGAGCAUUCAUAACAAACCCAGACUAUGUCUUUCGAGUCAAGAACAAACUACCGCUGAAUCCGUAUCUCGAUUUCAAGCUUUACUAUGGUGGUGGAGCUGAAAAUUAUACAAGUUGGCCGACAUGGCAACAAGCACAACCUUCAUCGAAACUGUAG